CACCGUCAAAGAGGAGCUUUGGCUUCAAUUCAGCCUCCUCAAUCCAUAGGUGCAAUUACCCAACCGUGCUUUUUCCCCCGUGACGGCCUGGUUCCAGCGCUUUCCUCCAGUGCAGCAAUCCUUCGAUAUCACCUCUCCAAUCAGCAUACCUUCUUCUCUGUUGUCUGCCCUCCCUUCGAGCGGAUUGCACGCUGCCUGUCUGCCGACCGACUUGCGCAGUGUCUGAAAGGGACAUGUCCCUGACCAGCUAAAUGGCCAACAUGUCCCCUCUCAGAGGUUACAUCACAUCGUACCCGCCACGAGUGCGCCAGUAUGGCAAUGCGCUUCUUACCCCAAUCAUUCCACCCAGCCAGGUUGGCCCAACGCCGCGAACGACGAAGCGAGGAACCGCCGCGAUCAAUUAUGCAGAAGAUGGCUUUGACGAUGAGGACUUCGAGGACAGUGAAGGACCCCGGCGGCCCACUGGGCUAAGAAGUCUCCGACGGGAGGAGUCAACCUUCGACAAGGUUCCUUUGGCGGAAAAGCUGGGGAAAGAGAUACACGCCCCCGUCGAAGUCCAAGGGGUCUUUCGCGAUUGGAUGAUCAAAAGGAUGUUGCGACCAGCUUGCGCCGAUCAGUUGCAGAUCCAAGCGCAGCUUCCCCUCACCCUGAUCCCUAUACGAAUUGAUCUAGAGGUUCCAGCGCAUCAACCUCUAGAGCCUUUCCCUUUACCGCGAGCUGUCCUUGAUCCUAGCAUCAACCCUACCCUGCCCGCAUACAGACGGCCGGAGGCGCUGCCUGCGUACCGAAUCAAGGACACCUUCCUUUGGAAUCUCCACGAAGCGCUCGCGACGCCUGAAGAAUUUGCCGUCGGAUUCGUUCGCGAUAUGGACCUGCCAAACCCGCAAGCCAUGACCAUGACCAUCAGUAACCAAAUCCGCCAACAGUUGGAAGAAUAUGCCGGUGUUGCGCUACAUCCGUUAUUCCAGAGCGUGCAGCCAAAGCCUCCGGUCCCACAAGCUGGCCUGUCGCGAGAUGUGUCUGCGACCCCGGUCUCUACCCACGCCGCAACACCUGAUAGCAGAGCUAACCAGGUGACGGUGACCAAAGAGCCUCUUGUCAACGACAGUAUUCUGAAUCCGGACGACGCGUACCGGUGCCUAAUCAACUUGAACAUCAACCUACAGAACAAGUUGUAUACGGACAAGUUUGAAUGGUCUCUGUUGCAUCCGCCGGGCAUGGCUGAGGAGUUCGCCAGAACUACGUGCGCGGACCUUGGCUUGGGCGGGGAGUGGGUCGGUGCCAUUGCGCAUGGCAUCUACGAGGCUGUUCUAAAGCUGAAGAAGGAAGUCUGUGAAAGUGGGGGGCUCAUUAGCGGCAUGGGCGGCUACGGUAACGAGAUCGAUAACCAAGCUGCCAAUGGCGCUGAGGCAGGUUGGCGUUACGAUCCGGAGGGCCUGGGCGAUGAAUGGGAACCGAAGGUAGAAACGCUGUCCAAGGAGGAGAUCGAAAAACGCGAAGGAGACCGUGAACGUCAGAUCCGGCGCCUACGUCGAGAAACGGCCAGAUUUUCCUCCACUGCCGGCAUAACGCCCGAUACCUCCCGCCAAGGCAGCGGAUAUUUCGAUGUCGAUAGCGAGACACCCCUGGGGCGAGGUGAAAGGAGCAAACGAAAGAGACGGUUCCGCAGUCUGAGUCCCUUGGGCAGGGGAGGAACCCCUGGUGGACGAGGGACCCCCGACACUGGUUCUGGCGCCGGCUAUGGGGGAGGCGGUGGUACUCUCUCCGACUGGGAACGUCAAAAUUGGCGAUGCACCAACUGCAUGGUCUGGGGUACCGCUGUUUGGGCGGUACGAGAUGGCCCCGCAGGCCAAAGGACACUCUGUCACAACUGUGGUCUUUUGUACGAACGAGACAAGGUGGCCCCCGAAUGGUCGAGGGAUCUGCACCGUCAUGAUAUGCCUAUCGGUCGGUAGGAGAUCGGGCAGAAGAAUCCGCGUAGAUUUUCCGUCUCUACGUUCUGUACCUAUACGGCAGAGGUGAGACUCCACACUGACGCGAUACCUCACGGUCAGGACAGAGUCUGAUCCGUUUUCCAGGCCGGCUUGCUCGUAGUACACCUACGAUCCUGA